AUGCCUUUCUCGCACUUGUCAAGUGACUUGGCUCCCUUGUUCCACCUCUUGGACGACUACGAUACCCAUCGCUCCUAUCGCCCCAAGAGCAAAGUGACUCCCGUCCGCACAUUUACACCAAAGUUCGAUGUGUGCGAGCUCAAGGACGGAUACCGACUUGACGGAGAACUUCCCGGGGUUAAUCAGAGUGACAUCGAAAUUGAGUUCAGCGAUCCCCAGACUCUUGUGAUCAAAGGCCGCGUGGAGCGCAACUACAGCAAAACCAACUCCGAGAUCACCGACGACAGCUCGUCGUCAAAGUCUCGUCAACCCACAGUCGAAGACGACACCGAGGACGGGGAUGCUUCAUCCACCACCAGCUCCCCCGCUGAGCCUUCUGAGCGCGCCGUCGCCCAAUCCCACUGUCAGCCCGCGUUCAAGUUCUGGGCCUCCGAGCGCUCAAUUGGCGAGUUUCAGAGAGUCUUCUCCUUCCCAGCCAGAGUGGACCAGGAAGGCGUCAAGGCAAAUUUGAGAAACGGAAUCCUCUCGAUCGUCGUUCCGAAAGAGCCCGCCCCGAAGCUGAAGAAGAUUCGCAUCGAAUAA